AAAAAACAGAAGAGCCUUCAUCACCACCUACGCGUCAGAUGAUUAGCUAAUAGUAAAAUACCGUUUAAAUGGUGGCAGUUUUCAGUAUUACGACGUGGUGUAAGUUAUAAAUAAUGAAUAUUAGUCCAUUGUUUACAGUUUGAAGCCUAUCCUGUAUCGCUGAUAAUGCUGAAAAUGAAGCUACCGAUGAAAGCGGGCGAGGAAGGAGGUGACGAAACGGCGGAGGACGAGUCAUUGGAUCCGUCGAAGCACAAACGUAUUUCCAUGGCGGCAUCUUCCUCUUCGGUGUACGAAAGGCUGCAGGAGUCACCGAGACCCCAUGUGCAUGCCUCGCAGCUGGACAAGGAGAGCGUUUUUGAGUGGUUCGGCCUGCAUCUAAACCCCGCUAAACGGAUUGAGUUCAUGUGCGGGCUGCUACAUAUGUGCCAACCCCUGGAGCUACGGUUUUUGGGAUCUUACUUAGAGGAUCUAGCAAGAAAAGACUAUCAGGUUUUACGGGAUUUCGAGUGUCGGGCAAAUAGUCUGAGCGAUCUUGGACUUCUAACGGACGUGGUUGACCCGGUGAUUAGGUCCAAACUCCUCGUUUGCCUAUCCCUCCUCGGAUCGGACAGCAGGGAAUGUGCUGGAAUACUCUUUCGGAUACUGAGCAGCGUAGACCUGGCGUUGUUCUACAGAAAUUUUGACUACUCCCUUCCUCCAUUCAGGGACCCCCACCACCUUUUCUAUCCACCGUGUCAUGUUGGAAAUGUGUACGGGCAGUCAGAGCAGACCUGCGACCUCUCCGCUAGCUACACAGCGGCAGGGGCUUGGGAGCAGCUGGCGCUGCUCUUUACCAUGGCCUCACUACACCCAGCUUUCCACUUCCACCAACGGGAAGUUGUCCGAGGACAGCUUGACAAAAUAGAGCUGGCAAUAGAGGAGGAGAAACGGCAGAGGCAGCUUAGAAUAAACGUCCAGGCAACGGAGCUGAUGGGUCAGCAGGGAGGCUACCUGUCCACCUCUACGCCAAGUUUGGGAGAGUGUGCGUCCUCCCACCCACCUGCCCAGAGCCGACGCUCCAGUCGCUGGGCAGCACAAAGAGAAGCAGUGCAUAUUGAGGGAAUUGUGCUCAGGGGCAUCUCUCGGACCGGAUCAGAUAAGGAAUACAACUUUGAGGUGAAGUGGUCAGACUCUUCCUUCAGCACUGUGACCAAAACCCAUCAUGAACUGGAGAACUUCCUUCUUAAGCUUCCAAAGGAUCAGUGCACAGAGUCUUUUGAGAAGAGCAUCCUGAGACUUCUGAACCAGGGGGACCAGUAUGAAAGCAGGGAGGUGGAGAAGAGCCUGAGGGAAAGGUUCCUGUCUGCUCCUCCACUUUUCAGACAGACCAGGAAGGUCUGCAGCUUCUUCGCUGGGGAUUCCAGUCACUGCUCUAAACAUACCUGCUGUAGAUGCAACUGCCAGCCAGGAAAGGCCUACCAACCAGACUGCUCCGAUGCCUCCAGUCAGGAAGAAGAGUCAUAUGUUCAGGGACACAAGAAAAAACACGGGUCCAAGAGUCCAUGUCAGCUUUUGUUGAGUGCCAAAGGCCCCCUGGGGGACACACAGAAGAGGGGAGGCCAUGCUGCAGAGCUCAAUGGUCCCGCAGACAGACGGAGGAAGAGCUGCUCACUGAGGAGCAGCCAGGAGGCUGAACAGCACCAGGACUCAGAGAAAAGAAGCCACACAGUCUCGAAGAUCAAGAGCAAAUCUCUGCCCACAGACAGGCAUAAAGGCGAUGGGAAAGGCAAAGUGGUUUCCUUAAUGACCAACGGUAGUUUGGCAACAAGCCUGCAACCUCAGAGAAAAGGUUCUGGUCCUGAUACCUGUGGUGAAACAUCAUCAGAAAGCUACAGCUCUCCAUCCAGCCCUCAGCACCAAGGUCUGGAGAGCCUGGACAGCGAGGAUGACAACAACAAAGACACAGACAGCCACUCUGACGACGGCGGUAAGGAUCCUGCUCCUGACUUGAUCUUCACCCAUCAGGCUGAUCCAGCAGUGCUGGGAGAGGUCUCCUCUGUCCACCCUCUGUCUUCCAACAGCUCAGAGACCAGCUCAGAGUUCCCUCCUCUCUCCUUUAUGCAUUCUCUGCCCUGUGUGCUUCCUAACGGGCCUCCGGACUCCGGUCUACCACUGGUUUCUCCUCCCAACCAAAGCAUCAUUCCUGAUGGGAAGCCUCUGGGUGGGACAGGGAUGAUGCCGUUGUCCCUAGUGCCUCCGCCCGUUCAAGGCCCUGGAAUUGUCGGAGACCCCGAGAAGCGGGACAUGCUUCCAACCUUUGGGAUUUCAUCCGUCAGCCUCCACCCUCCAGGCAACCUUGGUGUGCAGCCAUUAGUUCAGAGAUUCAAGACAUCUUUGCCCCACAGCCAGGGCAGUGCUGAUGGAGCUCCUGGUAGGGAUUCUCCUCCUGCUGCCCCACACACUUUCCACUCACACCCGGCUCCUGUCCGGGCCUUGAAUGUCAUGUCUUCAGGCCCCACGUCUUUCUCCUCUCCUGUCCUGUCCUGUCAAGACCUAGCCAGCGUCAGCCCUGGCCUGGCCUCUUCUCUGCCACAGGUGGAGACAUCUCAUGCCAAGCAACAUGGUUUGCCCCUACUGACCGGCAUGCCUUCUCAUUACACCCUGCCGCCUGUGCCCACCUCUAUCAUGCCUACUUUAGGAGCCCCCGUGGCCAGUGGAGCAGCUCCGUCUCUGGGAAACGGACAGAGCGCCAUUCCCCAGGCUGUGACCACACACUCCCCAGGGCCUGCCCCCAGCCUCAGCCCAGCAGUUACCCACAGCGCAGCACAGAGCGACAGCGCCUCCUACAGCAGCACUGCUUCCUGUGGAAGUGCCCCUGUUGCCCCUGGCAACCCUUUAACCCUUCAGCAAACCCAGCAGCCAGCAGCUCCCCAACAACAGCAGCAGCCGAUGGGCUGUGGCACUUGUGGUUGUCAUAACAACUGUGGCAGUCGAGGCAGUCUGGCGGGGGGGUCCAGCUGUCAGAUCCCCUUAUUCUUCCCUGCUCACCAGAUGGCGGUGGCGGCAGCAGCAGCUCGCCAGGUGUUCAGCGUUCCUCCAUCUCUCUUCCACCUCACAAACCUGUGCAGCAACAGCUACCUCACUCAGGCCCACCCUCCUCAUCAAGCCAAUGGAGCGGCCUCCCUGCCCCCCUUCUUCCCCACCGGCCCACCCCCUGCCCCCCCAUCCUCCUACAUGCACACUCACUCUCACAGCCAUGCAGAUGUGCCAUCACACAUGAUGGGCAACCAGGCUGCCGUGGCGGUGGCAGCUGCUGCUGCAAACUACACUCUCCAGCAGCAUAUGGCACCAGUGGCAUCAUUCUGUCAGCGGAUCUACCAGCCUGUGUACGCAAAUCACAUGGGGAUGCUGCCUGCUGCUGCCCUGGGGGGAGGUGGGGUCAACAAGAAGAACGGGAACAUUUCCUGUUACAACUGUGGGGUUGGAGGCCACUACGCUCAGGAUUGCAACCAGCCUUCCAUGGACUCCACACAGCAAGGUGGCUUCCGGUUGAAGUACGCAGCAUCCCACGUUUCAGAAACACUUGACAAUGCUGACUGAAGAAGAGGGAGGAUGAAGAGUUGUUCUCCUGUCUUUUGCUCUCCAGGUAGUGAAUGCACUAAAGCAUCAGAAAGUGACUGACCUGCCAAGGGCUCGGCAGACAAAGCCUAACGUACAUGUGCCUGAAAACCAUCCGGUUCCCAUGGAGAUGAUUCACUGUCUCACGCAGACAAGUCAUGUGACUCCCGGUCCCUUCCCCUUCAGUUUUUAUUUUUUUUUAAUGCUUUUGCACUGAGGGUUGGAAAAGGUUAAAUUAUUACUUAAUUAUUAGGAAGCUGAGAGAUUUGGGGGAUUUUUCUUUUGUUUUCACAAAAGUUGGACUUCAGUCUCAGCUCAAAUGUUCUUAUUCACUUGUUUCUAAAGGAGCCUAUUUAUGCUUUUUCUUCAUUACUGUUAAUGUCGGAUUUUAUUGUGACAGAAUUGUACAGCAGUUUUCAAAGAUCAUUAUUCAGAAUUAAUGUAAGAAAGAUUAAUUUUAUCUUCAGUUUCCUGUUUGUCAGGUUUUUUAAAUCUAAGCUUUGUCAUAGCUAAGAAGUUCGUAUCAAAGUACUUGGAUCUAAAGUGUCUCUGCCACUUGAUAUAUGGAUUAUUUCGAAGUUAAUUGCUGCUUUUUAAUUUCUUAUUUUCCAUUUGUACUUUUUUUUAAGUUGGAUAAAUGCACUGAUAAACGGCAGAGCAAGAACACAAGUGCACAAUAAUGGCAGAACCAGGCUGAUGAAAGGAUUGAGUUCAACUUGAAAUAACAAACCAGUCAGCCGUUGGUUUUGGUAUGAUGUAAUGCACAGGUUAUUUUUAUUUUUUUUAGAGAUGUCAGUGUUUUAAAUGGAACUCUAGAUGCUGUGGAAAUCAAACAACAUGAUUCAGCCCUGAUUCUGCUUCAGUGUAGUCGGACGUGAUCUGUGGUUGAUCAAACUGCCAUUCUUUUUUUUUGAAACAAGGUCGGUCCUGACGUCUUAACUGUGCUUAAGCAGAAAGAAAUGAGGUUUUUGUGAGACUGGUGGUGCUAACCCCUGUAAGCCCACCUCCUCUAAGCGCAGCAGCACAGACAGUAUUUUCUUUGCGAAUCUUGCUGGAACACUAAUACAAGUGACGAUGUAUGAAAAAAGACUGAUUAGCCUCUGACGGGGUUUGAGAAGGAAGAGGACAUCAUGUGUUGAAACACUGAGAGACUUCUGAAAGAGACCUGGACUUGCUGAACGUUUAUUUCUAAGAUGAAUGACAGCUGAUAAUUAACACUUGGUUAGACAUUUGUAGAUAAACUUGAAGAGCUUGCACACUUGAUUUGAAGUAGUCACGUCGUUCAUGUCCUCUGAGGUUCUUUCAAGGUAUUUUGGGACGUUAAGAAUAAUUCUAGACAACGGUGCUCUGCACAUCACUGAAUAAAUUAUAUAUAUAUAUUAAAAAUAAGUUCAGGUGAUAAAUCUUUCAAACUAAUGAAACUUGGAUUGUAAUGAAGUGUUAGUAUGUAGUCUUUUCCCCCUCUCUCAUUUUAAAUGUUUUAUAUUUGCCCUGAUGACACGUUUUUGUUCUAGUCGCUUCUACCUCUGCAUUCAGUCAGUUGACGCCUGUUAGCCGGAAAAACUGAACCGGUUAUUUAUCACCAGCUGCUUCCUGACCGAAGGAUGGCCUCAGUGGUCACCCGACAGCAGCCAUUAGUUUACAUCUGUGAGAACAGCUGGUUAGCCUAGUAGCAUCGUGCAGAAGUUGACUGAAAACCACUUGUUGCUUUUGCUAACAUGAGGUAACAGAAAGCUGUAAUUAAGCAGCGUGACGUCAGUAUGAGCUGAAGUUUAAAUAUUUUCAUGGACAUAAAAGCUGCCUUUUUUCUUUCUUUAUUUCAGUAAAACAUGAACAUUUUAGAUUUCCUAGUUAACAGAUCUACAGACUAAACUUCUCAGUGUAGUCGUCCUUCAGGAACAUCUGCAGGUGUUUUCUGUCGCAGCUCUAAAGCCAAGUCGUUAUUUUCUGAAAUAACCGUUCCAGGCAGCAGCUGGAUGAGAGGAUGUUUGUUUCAGAGCUGUGUGGAUGUUCUGAGUUUGCACGUCUGUCCACCAUCACUGCUUGUUCACCUGUUUGUUCCUGAAUGCGACCGUCAGGAGACGCUUGUGGUGGACACGGAAAUCCACCUGCAGUUGAUCUGAGCGUCUCCACAUGGAUCAGCCUGCAUGGAUGGAGGGAGGUCCGGUGUACAGUCGGCUGACCGGUUUGAAAAAUGCUGUACUUUAGAUCUGUAAGGGAUCACUCUGCUGCCACCCUCAGCUCUUAUGUUUACUGUACUUUGAUAUCUGUGUACUGGAAGAGGUCUGAUAUAUUUCUAGAGUGGAUUGAAAUUUAUGCAAAUUGUUGACCUUUUUUCCUGUAAUUAAAAGCAAUAAAUAUAAAAAAAAUGGGA